AUGGGUCACCAGUUUGAGCCAUUACAGAAUGAUCUUAUAAUCAGGACAGCGUGGGGUGAGAAAGUAGAGAGACCACCAAUGUGGGUGAUGCGUCAGGCUGGUCGAUACCUUCCCGAAUACCACGAGGCGAAAGGCAAGAAUGACUUUUUCGCCUGCUGUCGCUCUCCAGAAAUCGCAUCGACCCUGACCCUCCAACCGAUUGAUAGAUAUGCCGGGCUUGUAGACGCCGCUAUUAUUUUCUCUGAUAUACUUGUCAUUCCUCAGGCUCUUGGUAUGACGGUCGAGAUGGUUGACGGCAAAGGUCCCCAUUUCCCAAAACCAUUGAAGUCGCCAGAAGACGGACAAUAUUCGCAAGUCCUCGAAAAGGACGUCGACGUUGCAGCAGAGCUGGAUUAUGUUUACAAGGCCAUCACGAUGACGAGACACAAAUUGAAGGGUAGAGUACCUCUCUUUGGCUUUUGCGGAGCACCGUGGACACUGUUAUGUUAUAUGGUUGAGGGUGGCGGAAGCAAGUUAUUUAUCCAGACCAAGACGUGGGUUUACAAAUAUCCUGAAGCAAGUAAGGCUCUGUUGCAAAAGAUUGCGGAGGUCUGUGUCGAAUAUUUAGCUCUGCAAGUCCAGGCUGGAGCCCAGCUUGUGCAAGUUUUUGAUUCUUGGGCCGCCGAGUUAUCUCCAGUUUCUUUCAAGGAGUUCUCUCAGCCAUAUCUCGCGUAUAUUUCGGAGAAUUUGCCUAGAAGACUGAAGGAAUUGAAAUUAGAACCUGUUCCUAUGGUUGUAUUUGCGAAGGGUGCUUGGUAUGCUUUGGAUGCUUUAUGUAGUCUUGGUUAUCAAGUUGUUGGCCUAGACUGGCUGCAGGAUCCAGCUGAAGCUGUCAAAAUUCGAGGUGAUCGACCUAUUGUUUUCCAAGGAAACGCGGAUCCUGGAAUCCUCUACGGAAAGGAAGAAGGUAUCACUAAGACCGUCGAAGACAUGGUUGCUGGGUUUGGCGGAGGUAAACAGGGCUGGAUCGCGAAUCUUGGCCAUGGUAUCACGCCUGGAGUCAAUCCAGAUGCUUUGAAGUUCUACUUCUCGGAAUUACACCGGAUCGGGGAAAAAUAA